CAAUAAACAUGGAUAGCUGUAACACUAAUGCCAGUGUGAACUCUGGAAAAUGUGCCACAGAAGGCAUAGACAUCCAGUGCUAUCUGAUCCUGAACAGCAGCGCACAGAAAAUCUUUAUAGCAGUGCUUUGUAUUAUAACAGGAACUGUGUGUAUCUUUGAGAAUUGUUUGGUCCUUUCCAUGAUCUUCAGUUCUGCUCAUCUCAGAAGAAAACCCUCCUUCCUCUUCAUUGGCAGUCUGGCCACAGCAGACUUACUGGCCAGUCUUAUUUUUUCUUAUAGUUUUAUUGACUUUCAUGUCUUCCAUGGAGCAGGUACCCCUUCUGUUUUCCUAUUCAAACUUGGUGGUGUCACCUUAUCCUUCACUGCAUCCCUUGGAAGUUUACUUCUGACAGCAUUUGACAGGUACAUUUGUAUUUACAUGCCAUCUAAGUAUAAAUCAAUAGUCACCCAAAAAAGAGCACUCCAGGCAUUGACUGUAAUGUGGAUUGGGACCACAAUUAUCUCAUUUCUACCACUUAUGGGUGUAAAUUGCUGUUAUACUGAUUCAUUGUGCUCAGAACUUUUUCCCUUGAUUGACAAUAAAUACCUAGCAAGUUGGAUUCUCCUUAUAAUGAUUCUUCUCUGUUGCAUAAUUUUUUCCUAUACUCAUAUCUUAUGGAAGGCGCAUAAGCAUACAAUUUAUAUGGAGCAACACAAUUUACAAGCAGAGCGUGGACAACAUCGUAUGAGAAUGGACGUCAUGCUGGCCAAAACCUUAGCCAUAGUUUUAACUGUACUUGUGGUGUGCUGGACUCCAGCUCUUAUUAUUAUGAUACAUAGUUUGCUAUUUCCACUGGACAAUAAAAUAAAAACUAUUUUUGCUUUCUGCAGUACUCUUUGCUUGGUCAACUCCAUGGUCAACCCUAUAAUCUAUGCUCUAAAAAGUAGAGAACUCCGUCGCAGACUGAUCAGAUAUCUAAAGAAAGUUAAAUGCUUAAAGAAGUAUUUUAGGAGUCCACAGGAGGUCGAAGGGACUCAGAAAAACAUGGAUUUGGAAAACACUUGUGAUGACACAGUUUUGGAAACUGAGUUCAGUAUGCAAGGAUAAUUAAAU